CAACUUCCUACGAUAUUUCCCACUUCUUCAUCAUAUAAUAAUUUCAUUUUGUUAGCUACUCUCUCUUUAUAUAUACAUCAUAAAAUUAAUUCCAUCAUCAUCAAAUCUCUAUUCGUAAAUUCUUAAUUUAUCGCUCUCUCUAACAAUCGUCAUCUAUAGUCUGAUCGACAUGGGGAUUCCAAAGUAUAUAGUCGCUGGUCCAUCGGAAAUGCUUGCCAUCACGGGAAAUGGCAUAUCUGAAAUACUACUAAAGAAGAAGCAUUUUUUAUGGCCCCUUCAAAAAUGCACUAGGCUUGAUAUUUCUCCUGUGAACUACUCAUUCGAGGUACAAGCUAUGAGCGCGGAAAAACUCCCUUUCUUCCUCCCCGCGGUUUUCACAAUUGGACCAAAAGUGUUGGACGAGGCUAAUUACGAGAGCCUGAUCAAGUAUGCUAAGCUUGUGUCCAAUACUGAUAAGGAAUCAACCCACAUUAAAGAUCUUGUAAAGGGAGUUAUCGAGGGGGAAACUCGUGUACUUGCUGCUUCAAUGACAAUGGAACAGAUUUUCAAGGGAACAAAGGAAUUCAAGCAAGAAGUUUUUGAUAAAGUUCAACUUGAACUCAAUCAGUUUGGGCUUUAUAUAUACAAUGCCAAUGUUAAACAACUUGUAGAUGUCCCUGGCCAUGAGUAUUUCUCUUACCUUGGCCAAAAGACUCAGAUGGAGGCUGCCAAUCAAGCCAAGAUUGAUGUGGCGGAGGCAAAGAAGAAAGGAGAGAUAGGCGCAAAGCUAAGAGACGGAGAAACAAAGCAAAAUGCUGCUAAGAUUGAUGCAGAGACAUUUAUCAUAUCAACCAGAAGGCAAGGAGAAGGCAAGAAGGAAGAAGUUAGAGUAAGGACUGAAGUGGAAAUAUUUGAGAACCAAAGGGAAGCUGAGGUUGUUGAGGCAAUUGCUGUGUUGGCAAAGAAGAAAGCAGGAUGGUCUCAGACUGCAAGGCUGGCUGAGGUGGAAGCCGAGAAGGCGGUGGAGAUUAGAGAAGCAGAGCUGCAAAUGGAAGUGGAGAAGAAGAAAGCUUUUGCUGAGACUGCUAAGCUCAAGGCUGAGCUUCUUAGCAAGGCUAAUGUUGAAUACGACAUUAAGGUGCAAGAGGCAAACUCAGAAUUAUACAAGAGGCAGAAAGAUGCAGAAGCCGCACUAUUCGAGAGCCAGAAGAAAGCAGAGGCACAAAAAGCAAAUGCAGAUGCUGAACUCUAUUCUCGCCAGCAGACCGCAAACAGUGAGCUGUACACGAAGCAGAAGGAAGCCGAAGGACUAGCAGCGGUUGGGAAAGCACAAACUGUGUACUUAGGAUCCCUUCUAAAGGAAUUGAAUCACAAUUACUCUGCCCUCAGAGACUACUUGAUGAUCAACAACGGUAUCUAUCAGGAAAUCGCGAAUAUCAACGCUCAAGCAGUGAACGGUAUGCAGCCAAAGAUUAGCAUUUGGUCAGGCGCUGAUGGCGGUCAAAGCAAAGGUGAAGGUGGAAGCGGAUUGAAUGAUGUUGCGGGUGUGUACCGCAUGCUGCCUCCGCUGCUUCAAACUGUGCAUGAACAAACUGGGAUGAACCCUCCUGCUUGGCUUGGGACAUUACCUGAUAAAUCCAAAUGAAGUCCACAUUCAUUACUUUUUAGUUUACCAAGGGAUUUUGUGCUUUAAUUUUCUGGUCUUGAACUAUAUUAUAUUUUGCAUUACUAUUGCUGCUUGGAUUGAAGUUGCUUUUCAUGUGUAUUUGAAAAUAAUAUAUAUGAAGAUAUCUGCGAAUAAAUUUUUACCA